UUCAUCAAACAAACCCUUUUCUUCGAUCUCCAAUUCAUUAACACUCGUGAAUGGCUCCAAGUUUAGACGAUGCCAACCUUUUCAACUUCGUCGUUCGAGACGGCAACGGUGUCAAAGGGAUGGUGGACGCCGGUUUGUCGACGGUGCCACAGGCAUACUUGCAACCACCGAAAGAGAGGAUCGACAAGGACGCCGCUCGUAAACACGGGCAGCCGCCGAUUGAUUUGUCGAAGCUAGAUGGGCCCGAGCACGACCAAGUGGCAGAACAAAUUGUUAGAGCUGCUGAGAGUCUUGGAUUCUUCCAAGUCGUCAACCAUGGAGUGCCGGUGGAACUACUCGAGUCCCUUAAGGACACCGCACAUGAUUUCUUCGGCCUGUCGCCGGAAAAGAAGGCGGUUUACCGUGCCGAAGUUAGUCCGACUCCGUUGGUGAAGUACGGGACGAGCUUCGUGCCGCAGAAAGAGAAGGCUUUGGAAUGGAAAGAUUAUAUCAGCAUGCAAUACACUAACGAUGACGAAGCUCUUCAGCUUUGGCCUGCAGAGAUCAAGGACGUCUCACUUGAAUACUUGAGGACAUCAAUGAGCAUGGUGAGAAAAUUGCUUCAAGUUUUGUUGGAAAAUUUAGGCGUAAAAUCAGAUGACUUGAUCAUCGAUGUACUCCUAGACAAGAAGAUGGUUAACAUGAAUUUCUAUCCCACGUGCCCUAAUCCUGACCUCACCGUCGGAGUAGGACGUCACUCCGAUAUGGGAACUCUAACCGUAUUAUUACAAGAUGGAAUCGGCGGUUUAUACAUAAAAAUCGAAGAAGACUCUGAGUUCGGAAAGAAGGGAGAAUGGGUAGAGAUCCCUCCUGUUCAAGGUGCACUGGUCAUCAAUGUCGGUGACAUGAUACAGAUACUAAGCAAUGGGAAAUACAAAAGUGCAGAGCAUAGAGUCCGUACCACGAGCACAAAAUCAAGGGUGUCGAUACCUAUAUUUACAAUGCCAAGCGCAACGGCAAAGAUUGCACCUUUGCCUCAAGUGGUCGAAAAAGAUGGUCAUGCUCUUUAUAGAGAGUUUGUGCUGGCUGAUUAUAUGAAAAAUUUCUUCGGAAACGCUCACGAUGGCAAGAAAUCGCUUGAUUUUGCCGCCAUUAACGCCGCUUGAUUGCAUCAACUUCGU